AUGUCCGUCGCCCCGUCCUACGACCGCACCGAAGAGCUCCGCGCGCUGGACGCAACCCUCGCCGGCGUCCGUGGCCUUGUUGCUUCUGGCGUGAAGCAGGUGCCUCGCAUUUUCCGCGUCCCCUACCCGGAGGAGCUCUUGCCACUCUGCCAUGAACAACCGCCAGCGGCAGCGGCGGCGGCGACCGUCCCGGUGAUCGAUCUCAGCGGCGACCACACAGCUGUGGUGGACGCCGUCCGCGGGGCGGCGGCGGAGUGGGGGUUCUUCCAGGUCACGGGCCACGGGGUGCCCAAGCAGGUGAUGUCAGCAGCAGUGGCGGCGAUGCGGGCAUUCCACGAAGCCGACGGCGGGGAGGGCAGCGACAAGGCGCGGCUCUACUCGCGGGAGCCCGGGAAGGCGGUCAAGUACCACUGCAACUUCGACCUGUACCAGUCGCCCGUGGCCAACUGGCGCGACACGCUCUACCUGCGCAUGGCACCCGACCCUCCCGCCGCCGACGAGCUGCCGGAGAUCUCCCUGUGA